CCAGUUGCCGCGCGCGAGCUACUUCAUCCUUCAACUCUGAAAUUGACUCCAUGUUUGUAGGAGACUGACUUUAGUCUUCCAGCUUUCAGUCGACGUUUUUUAUCAAAAAACUGUAUUUUUUAGCACUAAUAUUUUCACCAGUUGAAUUUUUCUGGCUAAUUUUCGCCUUCUGAAAGGUCAGAGGUAUAGUAAGGUUUACUUUAAAGCUAGCUAAUUUACUGAAACAGUGUCUGCUAGCUAACAGACCUUGAAUAAGACUUUUGCCUUUCAGUGAAACUCAACCAGUGAAAUUUACUUUACCCUCAAAGUUUUUCCCCACAACAAAUUAAAAAUGAAAGCUUUAGAGGAACAGGUUGUAGAAGAAAAUACUGGUUUCCAGGAUGAUGAGGAGUCCUUCUUUCAAGACAUCGACCUCCUGCAGAAACACGGGAUAAAUGUGGCAGACAUCAAAAAGAUGAAGUCUGUAGGUAUCUGCACUGUGAAGGGGAUCCAGAUGACUACUCGCAAGUCUCUGUGCAACAUCAAGGGCCUGUCUGAGGCCAAAGUGGAAAAAAUCAAGGAGGCUGCUGGGAAAAUGCUGAAUGUUGGAUUCCAGACUGCCUUUGAGUAUAGUGCGAAGAGGAAGCAGGUGUUCCACAUCACCACUGGGAGCCAAGAGUUUGAUAAACUUUUGGGUGGAGGUAUAGAAAGUAUGGCCAUCACAGAGGCCUUUGGAGAGUUCCGCACGGGGAAAACACAGCUGUCACACACGCUCUGUGUGACUGCUCAGCUGCCAGGAGAGGAUGGAUACUCUGGAGGGAAAAUCGUCUUCAUUGACACAGAGAACACUUUUCGUCCAGACAGACUGAGAGACAUGGCUGACAGGUUCAACGUGGACCACGAUGCUGUGCUGGACAACGUGCUUUACGCUCGGGCUUACACUAGUGAACAUCAGAUGGAGCUGUUGGACUUUGUAGCAGCUAAAUUCCAUGAGGAAGGAGGUGUAUUUAAGCUGCUGAUCAUCGACUCCAUCAUGGCUCUGUUCAGAGUGGACUUCUCUGGUCGAGGCGAGCUGGCUGAGCGUCAGCAGAAACUGGCUCAGAUGCUCUCCAGACUGCAGAAGAUCUCAGAAGAGUACAAUGUAGCUGUGUUUGUCACCAACCAAAUGACAGCAGAUCCUGGUGCAGGAAUGACGUUUCAAGCUGAUCCUAAGAAGCCAAUUGGUGGGCACAUCCUGGCCCACGCCUCCACCACUCGAAUCAGCUUGAGGAAGGGUCGUGGAGAGAUGAGAAUAGCCAAGAUAUUUGACAGUCCCGACAUGCCUGAGAAUGAAGCCACGUUUGCCAUCACUGCUGGAGGAGUUACUGAUGCCAAAGAGUAAAGGAUAAAGGAUGAAAGAUGCUUUCACAGUUCAUGGUUCCUGACUAUUUCAAGUAAUUUAAGGAUUUUAAACUUAACUUAUUUAUUGAUUUAUUUAAUAACUUAAUACAACCUCUUAAAGUGAAAGAGUAUUGUAUAUUUUUGAUGUAUUUAUUGUUUAUUUGGCAGCAUUUUGUGUUUUUUUUGCCAAUGUUUCAGAAAAGAACAAAAUAAAAACAGCCAUGAAAGAUA